AUGGCCAUGGCGGGCAUGGAUUUCUCCAUCGUCCAGACGGCGCCGACAUCGGAUGACAAUGGGGACGGCGACUCGGACCGUCUCAGCGACCUCUCGUCCCGCUACUCGGAGCGCAUGUCGGAGCGCAUGUCGGAGCGCAUUAGCGAGCUCGACGUGGACGCAUACGACGACGCAGAGCAGCCGCCGCUGCACGAGGAAGAGAUCUCGCUCGACGACCUUGCGCCGCCGAUCAAGUCGCCGUCGUCGCUCAUGGACCUCGCCAAGGCCAACUUUGACGACGUCAACUAUGUCCGCGAGAGCUUUGCGUUCCAUUACGACGAUCUCGAGAAGGAUCGGUCGUCGAUGCGGUCGACGGUCAACGUCGACAAUGACGAGGACGAGUCGUUGCAGCGCAUGACGCUCGUCAUGAAGCUCAACGCGGACAUGGACGCGAUCACGCGCGACAUUUCGACCGUGAAGGAGUCGACGGUCGACCUGCACAUGCGCAACCAAGAGGUGACGGAGAAGAUCCAAGACAUUGGCCACCACGAGAACAUACGGCAGUCGACCACCGAGGUGCCUGUCCCGGAAGAACCGUCGAUCUCGGCGCAGCACGAAGAACGCCUCACGAAUGCCCUUUCCAAGAUCAACCAGGAGCUCUACAUGAUCCAGAGCAACAUGGAGAGUGUCCGCGAGAGCACCAAGGCGAUCGACGCCAAGCUCGUCGAGACCGUCGACGUGCCGCCCACCGACUCGUCGCGCGAGGGCUUUGUGAGCUUUCUCAAGGCCGACAGUUUUGAGCGCAACCCGGACGCGGCGGCCCCGAACGGAAACGGGUGGGCCGCCGUGCAGUCGACGGUCACGGGCAAGAUGUACUACUACAACGAGUCGUGCGGCCAAACGAGCUGGACAUUACCGCAGGACGACGACAUGAGCUACUCGGACAGCUACGUGGUGCUGUAA